UAGAUCAAACAAAAAUUAUUUCAAUGACUCAAUCAAUAAUAUAUUGAAAUUCGAUAAUGUAAGAAAAUUCUCGGGUAACAUCAAUGUAUAUGUAAAGCGUUUGUAUAAAAAUAUACUUUUUCUUGAGCCUACAGAUAAGUAUAUAGACGAACUAAAAUAUAUGUUUUAUAUUGAGGAGAUUAAAUGCUUGUUAACACAAUUUCCACACAGAAUCGAUCGCAAUUCAUUCGAAAGAUAUUGCAAUAUAGAAAAGUCUCACUAUGUGAAGUUAUCCUCGAUAGGAAAUGAUUUGGACAGAUAUAGAGAGAAACCUGAAAGAGAACAGCUUUUGGAAGUAACUUGUACUUUCGUGGUACAACAAAUUCAACUUCGAAAAAAUGUAUGUUACACGAAUAUAAGUGCAUCAUUGGAUACAAUCGCACAAGAGGUACUGAUAUUUCUUAGAGAGAAGCAUCCCAACCAUUCGAUAUUCUCCACGUCUGAAGAAACGUUUUCCUAUUGGAAAACCAACAGUAUCGAAGAUAAUCAUUGGGAUGAAACAGAAAGUACGCAGAUUAUGGAUACACUUCAGGAAUAUAUAUUUGGCAUUUUGAACUUUCGACCAUGUAGCUACUCACGUAAAGUAGAUCUCAAAAGUUUAUGUAUAGAUUAUGUUUUACAAAGUAAAUAUGGUCAACAUAUCAUUGUAUUUACAAUAUUUAGUAGCGUGGCUAGAAGACUUGGUCUACGUUGCGACGUAAUAGUUUUUCUGACUAAAAUCUCUAUAUUUUGGAAACCAAAAUACGUCACAAAUAAUUUAAAAAAUGCACGAUGUUUGUACAUGACACACGAGAAAUUCCCGAAUUGUCUUAGAAAUUAUCUAUCAGCUAACACGUUAUGUAGAGCACUCGCCAUCACAAUUACAACUACAGAGAUGUCGUUGAUGAUAAGAAGUUUCGUUGGCGAGUUUAUAAUGGAACAUGAAAUAACCGCUUUGGGAUUAGUCCAAGUGAAAUUUAAUGUGUAAAGAACAUACGCGAACGAAUAUAAUCGCAUCUUAGUAUAUAAUAUAUAUCAUUGUGAAAAUAAAUAGUUUUAUGAGAUUGUU